AAUCUUUUUUGCAGCGGCCUACUCCUAACCGUAGAGAGAUCCAUUGUUGCUGCGGCCAGUAGUGCGCCACCCAUUCCUUUCAACUGAAACACCUCUUCUCCUUCAUCUCUUUCUAUUAACAGGAUCAUAGUAAAACCCCUCCUGGCAGUGAGCUGCUUACUAAAAUGGCUGUUAGCUGCUCUGUCCCAACGCUUCAAUUUCCAGCUCAAUCAUUUCACCCCAAGUCGGUUUCUUCCAUCACAUUCAAGUCCUUUGCUUUCUCAUCUUCUAGAUUAGCCGUGAAUUCGGGGAGGAUUUGUAUAGUCAGGUGUUGUUCUUCGAAUAAAAGGAAGCCUGAGGAUUUUUCCACCGACGCGAGGACGGUCGAAAAAGUUCAAGAAAAGCAGAAAGCUGAAUUGUAUGCUCGUAUUGCUUCAGGCGAGUUUACUGUUGAGAAAUCUGGGUUACCAUUAAUGCUUACCAGCGGGCUGGCAAGAUUGGGCGUCCCUAAUACAUUUCUUGAUUUUUUGCUUAAACGAUUUGGUGUCCAUGAAGGAUAUCCUCAGAUUCCAGAGGCAAACGGCUCUAUUAGGGCCAUUACGAGUGAACCUUUUUUCAUACCACUUUAUGAGCUUUACAUCACAUACGGUGGAAUCUUCAGAUUGACCUUUGGUCCCAAGUCUUUCUUAAUUGUGUCAGAUCCAUCUAUUGCCAAACACAUAUUGAAAGACAACUCAAAGGCCUAUUCCAAGGGCAUCCUAGCUGAAAUUUUGGAUUUUGUUAUGGGGAAGGGACUCAUACCAGCAGAUGGAGAGAUAUGGCGUGUCAGACGCCGUGCUAUUGUUCCAGCAUUGCAUCAGAAGUAUGUAGCGAAAAUGAUUGGCUUGUUUGGACAAGCAACGGAUAGAUUGUGUAAGAAGCUCGAUGCCUCUGCAUCAGAAAGAGAAGAUGUGGAGAUGGAGUCCCUUUUCUCGCGCUUAACGCUGGAUAUAAUCGGAAAAGCUCUAUUCAAUUAUGACUUUGAUUCGUUAACAGUUGAUACGGGUAUAGUAGAGGCUGUAUAUAUUGUGUUGCGCGAAGCAGAGGAUCGAAGUGUUGCUCCAAUUCCACUUUGGGAGAUCCCCAUCUGGAAAGACAUUUCACCUAAGCUGAAGAAGGUCAACAAAGCACUAAAGCUGAUCAAUAACACCCUGGAUGAUCUGAUUGCAACAUGUAAGAGAAUGGUAGAUGAUGAAGAGUUACAGUUUCACGAGGAAUACAUAAAUGAACAAGAUCCUAGUAUCCUCCGUUUUUUGCUGGCAUCGGGUGAUGAUGUCUCAAGCAAGCAACUUCGUGAUGAUUUGAUGACAAUGCUAAUAGCUGGACAUGAAACAUCUGCCGCCGUGCUGACUUGGACAUUUUAUCUUCUUUCCAAGGAACCUACUGUCAUGGCCAAACUUCAAGAUGAGGUUGAUUUAGUUCUAGGUGACCGGUAUCCAACCAUUGAAGAUGUGAAAAAACUCAAAUAUACCACUCGAAUUAUUAAUGAGUCUCUACGGCUAUAUCCACAACCGCCCGUCUUAAUUCGUCGUUCUCUUGAAGAUGAUGUACUUGGGAAGUAUCCAAUUAAAAGGGGUGAAGACAUAUUUAUUUCCGUGUGGAACUUACACCGGUCCCCCAGCCAUUGGGAAGAUGCAGAUAAGUUCAAUCCUGAAAGAUGGCCUGUAGAUGGACCUAAUCCAAAUGAAACAAACCAAAAUUUCAGUUAUUUGCCAUUUGGUGGAGGCCCAAGAAAGUGUAUUGGUGACAUGCUUGCCACAUUUGAGACAGUAGUUGCACUUGCGAUGCUUGUUCGUAGAUUUGACUUUCAGCUCUCUAUUGGAGCUCCCCCAGUUGAGAUGACAACAGGGGCAACAAUUCACACCACACAAGGUUUAAGGAUGAGCGUUACACGAAGGACCAGACCAUCUCCAGCAGUAGUAGUUCCAGUAGGGAAGAUGCCACUAGUGGAAGUAGCUUCCUCACUACUGUCUCAGACAUAACAGAUAAAAAAGGCGAGGAAUUCUCUGGUCUGGUAUCUUACUGAAUCUGUACUUCACCGUGUGAUGACAUUUGAUAUAUGCAGCUUCAGAUCAACUCUUCUACUUGGUACAUAUCUAUUGUGGUUUUUAUCUCUGUGAAGUUUUAUACUAUUGUAGCAAAGUUAUUGGAACAAACUCCUCAAAAAUCUUGAAAAAGAAACAAAAAAUUCAGGGAACUAAUUAUACCAGUUUAGUUUAGGGAUGACCUGUAACUCUGUAAGUAAUGUAUGGUUUAAAGAUGUUUAUGAUGAGACAAGAUUUCCCCAUUUUACUGUUUAUUGAUGCUAAUUUCCCCAUUUUACUGUUUAUUGAUGCUAAUUUCUC